CCGGCAUUGUGAACGCCAUGGUGCAUUUCAGCGGGGAAUGACAGACCCCUGCAUGCCUCAGCUUGUCUACCCUGUCAAUCGCCAGGAACCGAUUUCCCCAGUUGAAUUUUCAAGAACACCAAGUGGGGCCCAUGUCAACAUCCACUUUCACAUUCAUAAAAAGUUAUCACCAUCUGGAAAUCUUCUUAUCUUUCCCUACUGUUUACUUUCACUCAAAACGGAAAUCAGUGCCAAUUGGAUUCCACCAAAGAACCUCGACCGUCAAUUUCUAUCCUCCCCAAUCGGACGUAACACAAGCGACCAUCAUCGACAGUGACCCCUCACUUGUCCCCAGUCCUCACCCUCACUCUCGAGACUUCACCACCAAAACCACCAAGGCAGGCCCUCCUGUCAACCAUGGCCCCGGAACUCUCAUCAAACUGGAAGAAGUUGCAAGAAAAGCUCAAGGCCCCACCAACCAAGUCAGCCCCCAUCAGCCAAGAAGCUGCUUUCAAGCAAGCAACUUCCAAGAAGUCCAUCUCCUCCGAGACCUUGAAGCGCAAGGCCGAGGAGAGGGCGGAGAUUGAACGAUCCAACGCCCUGUCAAAGAAGCAAAAGACCCAGUCUCAGUCUCAGUCUCAGUCUCAACCACCCAGAAAGACCCUCACUCCCAAAUCUCAAUCCAGCAAACCAACAACAAACCCAGACUCAAAGUCCAAAAUGGGAGCAGCCAACUCCCAGCCCAUAACCUCCGACUCCCCGCACACCAACCUCCCCUCCCUCCACCUCUGGGCCUCCGAAGAAGGCAUCUCCUCUGAAUCCCUCGCCGAAGCUUACAACCUCGGUCUCCGCUCCUCCUCGUCCCACAUCCCUUUACUCUCCACGCUGCCCCCCGCGGUCCCCAACGCCGGCCUCACCCUGACCCUCCCCGGCAACCAAACCCCCACCCCCACCAGCAGCAGCAACGGCCUCCCCCUCCCCUCCGACCUCCCCUCGGACCUCACCCUCCCCCUCUCCAACGGCACCACAACCACCAGCGCCACCACCGCCGACCUCGCCCUAAUCCUCCGCGCAACCAAGGAAAACACACUAGGCAAAUACCUAGCAAUAGACUGCGAAAUGGUCGGCACCGGCCCCUCGGGUCUCGUCUCCGUUCUCGCCCGUUGUUCACUCGUCGAUUUCCACGGACACCAAAUCUACGACUCGUACGUGAAACCGACUGCCUUCGUUACCGACUGGCGGACGCACGUUUCGGGGAUCUCCAAGCGGCACAUGGCGUUUGCCAGGUCAUUUGCUUCUGUGCAGGCUACUGUUGCCGCGUUGUUGAAGGGCAGGAUACUAGUUGGUCAUGACGUCAAGCAUGAUUUGGAGGUGUUGGGGUUGGAGCAUCCGCAUCGGGAUGUUAGGGAUACGGCCAAGUAUAGUGGGUUUAAAAAGUAUGGACAUGGGCCGAAGCCGAGUUUGAGGGUGCUGGCGAAGGAGGUGUUGGGGGUGGAGAUUCAGACGGGACAGCAUAGUAGCGUGGAGGAUGCGCGGGUGGCCAUGUUGUUGUUUAGGAAGGAGAAGCAUGGGUUUGAUAUGGAGAAUAGCAAUCGGUACGAGGAGGGGCAGGGGAAGAAAGGUGGGAAAGGUGGUAGUGGUGGCGGAAAGAAGAAGGGCAAGAAGUGAAGAGAAUAUCGGACAGGUUUUGAGAGGGAAAGAGUCUCGGAAAAAGCAAGGAUGAGCAGAAAGGAGUCUAUAGGUUUAUGGGUUCAAAGGGCUGGAUAUCUCGUUUGCAUCUCCCCGAACUUUUGCGUGAAAAUUCUAGUAACCCUCUUUUAUGGAAACCCAUGAGACGCCAUACCAUGGUCUAUAUGCUGGUUUCUACCCGAUCUGCAACCGAUUCCUGUCCCUCAUCAUUCCACCAUCCAUCGUCCUUUUCCCUACUGGUCACGAUAACC